UAAUAAACCCAAUAUAGCGACCACCUUCGUAAUAAACUAUUCUCUAACUCUUACCUAAACACAAACACCACCACCACCACCACCAUUUUAUGCGCGCAUCUCCGCCCACUCAUAUGGCGGGAGACCAUUCAGCCUCCAGUCUCUACAGAGUCUUGGCUGAUCGGUGUCUGAAUCUGGAGGCCAGUCAUGCAAAGUUGGAGGAGGAACUGAGAGAGCUCGUGGAGGAGAAGAAGAAAGAGAAGAAGAUAACAAAUGAUACUAGUGAGGCGAUUGUGAUGCCAGAUUCUGAUAAGGCGACGUCAGAUUCCGGUUGGGGAUGUGUACCGGGGUUCUUUACGGCAGGAAGUCCAUAUAAGAAGGUGCUAGAUUCCAUGGGACAUGCUGUUCAUGUGUGUACUGCUGCCUCUGGAGAGAUCGUAUAUUGGAAUCAUUCUGCUGAAAAUCUGUAUGGAUGGAAGGACUAUGAAGUCCUUGGACUAAGUGUUGCUGAGCUCCUUGUAGAUGAAGAAUACUACGCACCUCUCAAUAAAAUUGUAGGAAGAUUAGGUUUCGGGCAAUCCUGGUCAGGUCAGUUUCCUUUUAAGAAGAGGUCUGGAGAAAAUUUUAUGGCAAUGGUCACAAAAAGCCCAUUGUAUGAGGAUGGUAAGCUAGCUGGUAUCAUCACUGUUUCAAGUGAUGCGGCAACAUUCAAUUCUCCAAAUUCAGAGAAUCGGAGAACUUAUCAAGAUCGUGCUAGAGUACCUAGGAUAAAUUUGAAAAAGAUUCAGCAGCAUCCCCGCCAACUAAUUGCUCCAGUGCCACAGAUUGCAUCGUCGGUUUCCAAUCUGGCCUCCAGACUUAUACCACGGAAACACGACAAUGACACGUGUGAUGGACCUGAGAAUUCAAGUGACAAAGAACAUGCUGCUACAAAAGCCAAGGGUGUUAAGUCAGCCUUACCUGGUGCACUAGCAGCUAAGGUGUUAUCGAAGCUGCACAUUGGAGGAAUUGGAAGCACCGGAAAAGAAGAUGUCAGCGGUCCACAAAAUAGCCUAAGUGAUACCACAUUUAGCUAUAAAUCAACAAAUGAGAUUAAUAAUUCUAGAGCCUCAGAGCCAUCAGGUUCUCACCACUGCACCAGUAAUACUGACUGUGAGGGAGGAAUUCCACACAAAAUAAAUAUGUUAUAUGCAGAUUCAAAAGUAAAUUCAAGCAGAAACAUUGAGGCCUCCGAAGAGAGUUGUCAAGCCUCUAUAAUAGAGUACAAUCAAUGUCUUGGGUCAGCUAAACCAGGAGAUCCAUUGCCCAGAUUAAGUUGCAAAGAGGAUGAGAAUGAAUUGGAGCCUGAACCACCAAACUUGGAAACUGCAGAUACAGAAGUCAAAGCACAAAGACAGAAAGAUGGGACAUCUAGCACAGUAGGAAGUCCACCAAGCAGAGGGGAUAGGGAGUCGAGUUCUGUGGUAGAUUGUGAGAUUCACUGGGAAGAUCUACAACUGGGAGAGGAGAUUGGGCAAGGUUCAUAUGCUGUUGUCCAUCGUGGAAUUUGGAAUGGAUCAGAUGUUGCGGUUAAGGUUUACUUUGGCAACCAAUACAGAGAAGAAACUUUGCAAGACUACAAAAAGGAGAUUGAUAUAAUGAAGAGACUUAGACAUCCAAAUGUGUUGCUAUUCAUGGGAGCAGUAUAUUCACCCGAACGACUUGCAAUUGUUACAGAAUUCUUGCCGAGGGGAAGCCUCUUCAAAACACUUCACAAAAACAAUCAGGCCUUGGACAUUAGACGACGUCUAAGGAUGGCCCUGGAUGUUGCUAGAGGUAUGAAUUAUUUGCAUCGCAGAAAUCCGCCAAUAGUUCAUAGAGACCUCAAGUCUUCCAACCUUCUAGUUGAUAAAAACUGGACUGUCAAGGUUGGAGACUUUGGCCUGUCUAGGUGGAAGAAUGCGACCUUCAUAACUGCAAAAUCUGGAAGAGGAACUCCUCAGUGGAUGGCCCCUGAAGUCCUCCGAAACGAACCGUCAAAUGAAAAGUCUGAUGUGUUUAGCUUUGGCGUCAUCCUGUGGGAACUAAUGGCUGUAUCCAUUCCAUGGAUCAAUCUGAAUGCCAUACAGGUAGUUGGAGUUGUAGGCUUCAUGGACAGAAGAUUGGAAUUGCCAGAAGGCAUAGAUCCCAAGGUAGCAUCCAUUAUUCGAGAUUGUUGGCAAAGUGAUCCAGAACAACGUCCAUCAUUUGGAGACAUAAUUCAUCGAAUGACAAGCAUAGUACAAAGAGUUGCUCCAUCUUCAGUUCAGAGGGCUUCAUAGAGUUGGAUUGCAAUCUCCCUCGUAGAUUUAAAGAGAAAAAUACAUGACAAAAAUAGCUGUUCUAAAUCUCUUCCUCAAGAGAAAAGGGAAACUAGCAGCAACAAGAAGGAGAUGGGCUGCUAACAGCAGGUAGCUCCAUUUCCAUCACAGUGGAAUUUUACUCCAGGGACUUGAAGAUAUGUGGUGGUCGUCCCAUUCAGUAAGUCAGAUUCCAACACGAAGUCACCAGGUGAUCUGCAUAAUUUUCCAUGAAAAUUGUGAAAAUUUUGAUCAUUAUUUUUUAGAAGCAAGAUCUUAUCCAUCAAUGUGUGCCUAGACCUUCAUAAAAAGAAAAUUUGAUUUAAACACAUGGUGUCUGCAUUGUCAAUAUGCACUUGGUUACUCUGAUUUGAAGUACAACAACUUAUGCUUAAUGUGGGAAAUGGACUUAGCAAUUGUGCUAGUGACUUCCCUUCUGCCUUGUCUAAAAAUCAAGUAUUAAAUGUUACUUUAGACAUAAUUUUGAUUGAUGUUAAGGUCUAAAUAUGGGUAUGCCAUUAUCUUUUUAUCUUUACAA